UGUGUUACAUGCCCUGCAGGAUUUUACUGCUUCAUGGACGUGGGCAAUAUGUCCGGGAUUCACACUCCCAUGCUGUGUCCUAAAGGACAUUAUUGCCCACCAGGGUCAACGUCUGGUGUCCCAUGCCCAGCUGGCACCUUCAGCGACCAUAUGGGCUUGUCUACUGAACAGGGCUGUGAACUGUGUCCUCCCGGAGCGUACUGUGCCUCCUCUGGACUGGAAGCCCCCAGUGGGUUCUGCUCUCCUGGUUAUCUCUGCAUCCACAGAUCUGUCUCUCCCCAGCCUGAGGAUGGCCCAACUGGUGGGCGGUGCCCUGCAGGCUUCUACUGCCCAGAGGGCACCAGCAUUAUGCUUGCAUGUCCUGUAGGCACUUUCAGCACCAUAGAAGGCGCAACAUCUGUGGAAGAGUGUCAGCUUUGCUUGGCUGGCCAUUACUGUGCCCGAGCUGGCCUCUCAUCCCCAUCUGGACCUUGCAAGCCUGGAUUCUACUGCACAGAAGGCUCUGCAACUGCAACACCUUUUAUCAAUAUCACAGGAUAUUUUUGUUUACAUGGGUCCACGGAGCCGUCCCCAGUCUCCCAGCCUCACGGAGAUAUAUGUCCCCCCGGACACUUCUGCCCUUCUGGUAGUGACUCACCCCAACCCUGCCUUGAUGGUAGCUUCCUUCCUGAAAAGGGCGCUUCCUCCAUGUCUCACUGCCGCCCCUGCCCACCUGGGAAAUACUGCCUCGGUCCCGGAGCUUCACGACCUACAGGUUUGUGUUCUGCCGGAUUCUUUUGUACCAUCGGUGCAAGCAGUCCAGCACCUCGAGCCAACUCCUUUCAACUCAGCUGUCUUCAUGAAAUACUUCAGGAAAUGUAUCUCGCAAAAAUGAACUAUGUGUCCUGGAUGUACAACAUGUCAUGCUUUCACAACUCCUGCAAUACCGAGGGAGACUCCAAGUGGGUCAAAGAGGAUCUCCGCUCAGAUUCCCAAUUUAUUGUUCCUCACUCACCGCUACACCUCAAGAGUCUACACGAUGGCAAAUGUGCCACCUAUACAGGAGAUAUGUGCCCCAAGGGUUUUUAUUGUCCUGUGGGCUCUGCCUACCCGCAGCCUUGUGAGACGGGGUCUUUCUGCAACCAAGCAGGUCUGGAAGCCCCAGCUGGCCCCUGCGCUGCGGGACACUACUGCCCGAGAGGUUCUGAAGACCCCCGUGCCUCCCUCUGCCCAGCAGGCCACUACUGCCCUCUUGGAACAGCGCUUCCUCUUGGCUGCCCGCUUGGAACAAUACAAAACUCAGUUGGUGGGUCCUCAGCGGAAUCGUGUCGGCCCUGUCCUGCGGGUCAUUACUGUCAUCAGAGAGGCUCGAGUGAGCCAAGUGGCCAGUGUGCAGACGGUUACUACUGUCCGCCGGGACAGAACUCGGAGAGGCCGCAACAGCAUGUCUGCCCAGUGGGACACUACUGUGAGAAGGGCAGUGCGGAACCAACACCGUGCCAACCAGGCAGCUACCAGCCCAGUCAAGGCCGGGGCAGCUGUGAGUUCUGCCCUGCCGGUUUCUACUGCCAAGGUCAAGGAACUUCCUUUGCACUUCUCUGCGAGAGAGGCUUUUACUGUCCGAAGGAAUCGGCAACUCCACGGCCCUGCCCGGCGGGCUCUUACGGAAAUCUGAUAGGCUUGAUGGAAGCGCGGCAGUGCUCUUCGUGUGACCCCGGAAUGUACUGCCGAGGAACAGGGAGUACUUUUCCCAGUGGCUUGUGUGCCGCGGGGUUUGUUUGUAUUGGGGGAGCGUCUGAACCGUCCCCAACGGACAACGUGACUGGCUUUUCGUGUCCUCCUGGAUUUUUUUGCUCUGCUGGGACUUUGGUACCACAACCAUGCCUCAAAGGAACAUUCAGCGAGCAGAGCGGGCUGAUGGAUCAAUCACAGUGUCGUAAUUGCAGCCCGGGCUUCUACUGCUCUGAGACGGGUCUCUCAGCAGUAUCCGGACCCUGCUUAGCUGGGUUCUACUGUCUGGAGGGAUCACAGACGGCUGCACCAAUGUCGAGUGUAUCUGGAGGUGUGUGUCCAGCAGGGCACUACUGUGCAGAGGGUAGCAAUGUCCCCUCCCCCUGCCCAACUGGCUCCUUCCGAAAUGAAACCGGAGGAAAAUUCAAAGAUGACUGCCAGCCGUGCCUGCCUGGAUUCUACCAGGAUCUGUCAGGCCAGAUUGAGUGUAGGCGCUGUCCUUCCGGCUUCCAUUGUGAGGCUCUCAGGCUAAGCUCAACAAGGGGGACUUCUUCUGGACUAUCCAGUCCUCUUCCCUGCCCUGCCGGGUUCUUUUGUCCCAGGGAGAGUCCAGAUGGCCGACCCGUUCCUUGCCCCAAAGGCACAUAUGGGCCUAGUCAGGGUCUCACCUCUGAAGGCGACUGUUGGUCCGGGUUUUAUUGUGGCUGGGGCUCGAGCAAGGCAGAUCAGACUCGGUGUCCGGCUGGUUUCUUCUGCCCUCGUGGAACAUCUGCACCCGUUCCCUGUCCCGCAGGAACCUUUAGCUCCAUUACAGGCAACUCACACCUAAGCAACUGUACUGAAUGUACUGCUGGAUACUACUGUGACGUUGAAGGUACUGUGAAGCCCACAUUGUGUCUCGCCGGGUAUUACUGUCCGCCAGGAAUGACGGAAGGAACGGGCUUACCAUGUCCAACCGGUACUGUUCAGAACCAACUUGGAGCCUCAAGUAUUGACGCUUGCCUUCCAUGCCCUGCUGGACUGUUUUGUUCUCAGCCUGGUCUUUCGCAUCCCACAGGAUUGUGUGAAGCCGGAUAUUAUUGCCCCACUGGAUCCACCAGCAAAAACUCUUCUGAAUAUCAGAGUCAUUCUGCCAGAAGCCAUCUUUGUCUUUCUGGUUACUAUUGCCCCGCCGGAACAAAAAAUCCAAUUCCAUGCCCGGCAGGCACGCUAUCCAUCUCCCGAGGUCUUAAGACGGUUAAAGAUUGUCCCCCUUGCCCCCCUGGACAUUUUUGUGAUAGACCUGCAAGUACACAACUCUCUGACGCUCUUCCGUGUCAUGCUGGAUACGUUUGCCUUGGCGGCAGUUCUAGUCCCGCCCCUUCCGACGGUUCCCAUGGCUACCGUUGCCCCGCCGGCCACGGCUGUCCUGUCGGCUCAGCCGGAGCGCUGCCGUGCGAGCCCGGCUCUUACAGCCCGGCUUCCGGAGCCGCCGAGUGCGUCCUAUGCCCCAGAGGAAUGAUGUGUUCCUCUUCAGCCACCUCGGAGCCCGCCAUCUGCCCACUCGGUCACUAUUGUCCUGUUGGAACAGCACUACCUCAACCUUGUCCUUUAGGGACUUUCAACAAUCAGACAGGCGCACACUCCCACUCGCUUUGCACAGCCUGUCCUUCUGGAUCCUUCUGCAGCACAUAUGGAGCUUCAUCACCACAAGGUUCUUGUAUGAAAGGCUAUUUCUGCCAAAGUGGAGCCAUGGGACCAACUCCACAAAACUUCGCUGAGAAUGGGCCUUGCCCUGCGGGUCACUACUGCCCGGCGGGGUGCUUCUCGCCGAUUCCUUGCCCUCUUGGCAGCUUCCGCAACACUACUGGAGGUGUGUCAUUGGAGAGCUGCUCUGCUUGUCCUGCGGGUCACUACUGCUCCGCUGAGGGUCUCGCCAGCCCCACUGGGCUCUGUGCGGCCGGUUUCUACUGCCCUUUUGAUUUCUCUUCAACCACUGCGUAUGCCUUCCUGUGCCCCAAGGGCCACUACUGCCCAAACGGUUCUGCCCUCGCUCUCCCAUGUCCCAGUGGAGAGUACCAGCCAAAUCCAGGCUCCGACAUCUGCAUCCCCUGUCGACCCGGCUUCUUCUGCGAGGAGGCCAUUCUCGGCGAGCCUCAAAUCUGCCCACCGCAUUCAUUCUGCCCAGCAGGUACCAUGGUGCCUCAUCCAUGCCCGAAUGGGUCGUACAGUGAUCCAAACAAAAGAGGACUACAGGAGGCCCGUGAGUGUUUACCCUGUCCCCCGGGGAGGUUCUGCAGAGCUGGUAGGAUACAAGGAGCGUGUGCUGCAGGGUAUCUAUGUGUUUACGGCAGUGCAGAUUUCACUCCUCGGGGAUCACUGCCUGACCUGACCCAGUGUCAGUGGGGGGUGCAGUGUGCCGGACCAUGCCCACCAGGUUUCUACUGUCCCGAGGGUGCUGAAAAGGCUGUGAUGUGUCCUGAAAAUACCUUCAGAAGUUAUUCAGGGGGUGCCAGCGCACAGGAUUGUUUGACCUGUCCAGCUGGACACUGGUGCCGACCUGGCCGGCCACAUCCUCGUUUGUGCCCCGCUGGUCAUUAUUGUAACAGUUUGCCAGGAGGUGACAGUAACGGAUGGAUCGGGCCCAAGCCUUGUCCCGCUCACACCUAUCGAGCCGAUCCCGGAGCGGGCAGUAUAGGCGACUGCCUUCCUUGCCCUCCCGGGUCCCACUGCAACAGCACAGGCCUUGCAGAUUAUUCCAACAAUCCUUGCCCACCUGGAUUCUGGUGUACUGGGUCUGGAGGACCCAUUUUCUGUCCAGCGGGCACAAAGAGGAUGCUGCCUGGUGCUGCUGAACCUAGCCAAUGUGAAGCAUGUGCUGGUGGGACCUUCUGUCCAGACCCACAGGAUACCGGGGAACCCAAUGUGGAUGGGAUCCCAUGUAGGGCCUCUUAUGAAUGCCCCAUAAGUUCAGCCUCGGAGAAGUUGUGCAGAGCUGGUUCAUACUGCGGACCGCAGACUGCUGAGCCUGAAAUUUGUCCGGCAGGUUAUAUUUGUCCAGCGGGGUCACGGUUCUACAAUCUCCCCGAACAACUCUGUCCGUUUCCUUUCUACUGCCCGGCCAACAGUUCUUCAAUGAAGUCUUGCGAUGGCGGCUCAAAGCCUGUCAACAUCAGCCGACUUAGAGGAUCCAAAAAAUGCUGCUGCAGUAUAUGUGAAGGUGGCACCUAUCGACCUUACCUCUCAACUCUCUUCGAAUGCCUGCCAUGCCCUCCAGGAUACUUUUGCCCACCAGGUACUGAAGACUACAAGAGCAACUCUUGCCCCGAGGGGUAUGUUUGUCCAACUGGAUCCACACAACCGACACCUUGCCUCCCUGGCUCCUUUGGCAACCUGACCAAAGCUCAGACACUCGGUGACUGUCACCCAUGUCCGCCCAACACCUUCAACCACCUCCAUGCCCGGAGGGCCUGCUUCCCUUGUGGUAGUUCCUCCACUUCGCCACCAGGUUCUUCAUCUUGUAGCUGCACUGGCAAAAAUCGCUCUUUUCAGCGCUCGGACGGUGCCUGCCUGUGCAGAACCGGCUUCAUCUUUUAUAACGAGGUGGACUUCAAAAGCUCGACUUCUGACAGUGCGCUGGACUGCCAGCCUGAGCUAUACAAGAGAUGCGCUCCAAGGCAGGUUCGACUGGCGGCAUCCAGAGAAUGUGUAUCACCUUCCCUUUACUCCUGUAAUGUAACAUGUGGACCAGAUGGAGGAACUCUGGAUGUGGAGAUGGGCAUCUGCCAUUGUCAGCGAUACGUGUCUGCUGAGGAGCUGUGCAACACUUCCUGCCUCUCCAAAAUGCCUCAACUCUCAGCUCAUGUGGCUCCAGAUGGACAGUUGCUCCUCAGCGUUAAAGAAAAAGACGGCACAGUCUGGGUCAAAACUUUAGUGGAUGUUUUAGGACCAGACCCCCGUGCAAUGAAUAUUGGCAAAGUCCAUUUGGUUCAGUUUGAUGCUCAAGGAGUGUUUGGUUGGAUUCCCAAGCAAAGAGAAGACAUUGAAAUAUUUCUUUCCGAAUCAAUAGAUGUCCUUGCUCCCACAUGGAAAAAAAGAACCACAGGCGAUAAUGAAGAUGACUUGCCUGUCCUUCCUCGUAUUCCAAAUCCAGUUGCUUGUCUGUCCACUGGUGACAUGCUCAUUUUCCAUCUAACCAUUAACCACACAGAUCGCAGUCUCAGCCACUUCCCUUUCUACGAGAAAGACCACUUAUUCAACAGUAACCCCAGCUGGGACUUUGGGGUCUUCAGACGUGUGCAAACACUCAUCAAGCAGUCAAAUCUGAAUAACACAUGGUUUGCUCAUGCGUUUUGGGAAGCGGGAAAAUAUGUAUUCCUGGACAGCGCCGUCCCAGAUUGGAGUUUGGUGGUAGUGGUGAGUGAGGAUGGGACAGAAUGUGACCCGCGGGCCCCGGCCUUCCAGGCCACGACCCCGGCACAUCUUAUCAAGUGUGGAGUCAUCAAGAAACAUCGACUAAACCAUCUACCAGAUUGGGGGACAAUCGCAGGCCUCCUGAGUUUGCUCUUUGUAGUCGUCGUGGCCGUGACCACAACAGUUGUGGUUCUUUGGCCCAACAACGCCAAGCUGGUCUCCCAGUGGAGGACAAAGCCCAAAUGGCGGAGUCUCGGAGAACCUCCGCGUCCUCCAGACUGUUCAUGUAGUGAAGACAGUCUCGCUGGCUCUCCAGGGAGUCGAGGUGUCGGAGAGGGCGCUGAGGCUGAGGAGCCAACUAUCUCCAAAGGUGGAAUGGUAUCAGGGCGCUGCGAUUUGGAGGAGUUCAACGUCAAGACGUUGUACGACAAACUGGAAGAUCAAAACCUUCACGUGGCUUCGCAGUUGGCGCGGCAUCGGAAAGAUACGCAGGAGUUUUACCGGAACAUUAAUCAACAGGUGGACGCCCUACAGAAUGUGUUUGUGAAGAUUGAUGGUAAAAAGCUGCAUAUCCUGAAACAACUGCUAGCGUCUCAAAAUGCUACGAAGGAUAACCCGUACAAUAAGACUGUUAAAAAUAGGAAUGAUGAAGUUGGUGAAUCUGCAGCACUACUGGAAGCUGUUCUCAGAUCUGUGGAGACCCUCUUAUAUAAGAUGAACCAAGAGACUUGGCAGACCCAGGAUCAGCCCUUUCACUUACACAGCCACAGUCAGGAACAUGAACGACAGGCUCAGAACAGUAACGAGACGACACUGGUUUCACCUAUAGAUUUGACCCAAAUGGAAGCACUUUGCCAUGAUGCAAUGCAUUCAAAGAGGACUGCUCCUUGUCUCAGUGAUGUGGAUUUAGCCAAACUAGUCAGCAUAUCUCCCUUGUACAAGACCCUGCAAGAGAUCCACCAAUCCCUCCAGAAUCCCACCCCAUCUCAUCCCAUUCAACCUCUCCCCAAUGUAAUUUGUCCUUCAUCCCAGGAGAACCCCAAAGUGCAACUCAUUCCAACCGCGCUGGACAGCCUCUCGCCUCCUCACUCGGCCGUUUUCCUAUUUGGCUGCCGGGUGAUGGAGCUGCUUGAGAAAUGCCUCCCGUUGCCCUCUUCUGUGCUUCUCACGCUAACCAAGUCUCUCCCACUUUUGCCAGCGUGCUCCGAUAAUUGCUUGCUGGCACACUGCAGGGGGGACUUUUAUUUUGACGCCGGCCAUCAAGUUCUUUAUCUAUCCGAGGCUAAGCUCGAGCACGUGGGACAAUUUAUCGCCAUCGUUCUUCAAUCCAUGGUGCACGUAGCAUCAGGAAACAAUGCCCAGAGCUUCAUGCAGGCUCUUCAUGAUGCAAUCUCAGCUCUAAGUCUUCAACUAUUCAGCCUGUCUUUCAAACAGAGCACAGCAGAAGGUGCACUAAGCAAAGAAUUUAUCGACAUCAGAGUUCCCAAAGGAGUACAUUUCACUGAUCUAUUAGACGCAAGAGUGGAGAAAUACAAGCAUCCCAUGUUAGAGCAGUUUUUUGCAAAUCUCUCAUUCAGUACAACUGAGGAAACUCAGACAGUUUUACCAACAAAUGAGACUCCAAUGGAGGCGACCUGUGUGGAAGAGGAGAUAGAUCGCAUGAACGAAGCCUUCUUGGAGAUCAGCAGGCAUCUGCAGAGCAGAGGUCAUGUGAGCAAGACAGAAAAGGAGGAAGAAGACCAGUCUGUGAGGUCAGCUCUGCCAAGCUUGAGCCGUAAUGAAGCACUCCUGCUGGAUUUGAAGAGACGCUACAUAUCUCAGCGCCUCGAUGAGCUCCAAAUCACAUUGGAGCGCAUCGGGCGGCAGCGACCAGGCAGCGUGUCCAGCGCCGGGACGCACGAGGGCAGCGGCACGACUCAGCGGGCGCCUCUGGAAAGCUACGCUGGCACGGAACAUUUGUGAUUCCUCCUGCGGUAUUCCAGCUGGUCGCGCUCGAGGCCAGCAGCCGGCGGAAACAGAGGUCCUGAUAAGAGUGACCUUGAUAGUCACGUAUCAGCACAAUAGAGUUGAAGCUUUGAUAUGCUACUGGGCUCACAGAUACCACAGAGUCCAAAUGUGCUGCAUCAUUCAAAUCACUGUUUAGAAUAUAACUAAGGCGUGUGAUGAUCUUGUGAGACCAAAUUUUUAUGCGGCUGCUUAAAGAAGUAAACACUGGUAGUUUAGAUUUUUCCGGAAUUUAUUUUCCGCAUUUCUACGUCACCAUUUUUUUUUUGAAGAAGAAGACUUUGGGAUUUGUUUUACGAACUCCCUGAGAUAUCCUUGCCCGCCCCCCAGGAAAAACUCCUAGCUUCGCCAGUGUUUGUACACACUCUGAAAAGACCAAAAUAAAAGUUAAUAAACAGUAAAUAGGAAAGAACGAUUCAGAAAAAUAAUCAAAUUGUUG